UGGACAAAACAGUUCAGUUGAAGUCAUAUCAUAUCAUGAAGUUGAUGGUCAUCAUGAGAAUCCAAAUUAUCAUGAAUUCCUGUCACCACCUAGAAAACUACCGGUAACGAAGACAUCAAGAUCAUCUAAUAUCAGUGGAGUCGGAGAAUCACCAUUGAACAGUAUGGUAUAUGACGAUAACACCAGUGCCAGUGAAAACAGCAGUACAUGUCUGUGGUGAUAUGCGUUCACAAGCACUAGCGUAGUGAUACGCCACAAUAUAGUGCGAGGCGUAAACCGGUGAUCACAGGGGCUGAAAAGAGUUCCAUGUAGAGCCAUCUUUGAAUGCUAAUAAAGAGCGUGACACCGCUCCAUGGAAAUGCCUGUCUUUGGCUUAUAAUAGCUAUACCAAUACUAUUACAUGGUGGCAGCGGAAAAGUGAACUAUCGGUUGACACAUCUACGGUGAUGUCAUAGUGUAUACAGACGGUGGAUAAGACUUUGCAUCUGAAUCUGUAGUGACCAUCGCUACAGUGCGAACUCGCCGGUCGCGUGUAUAUAUACACUAUACUGUAUACACAAAAUGCAAUAGACGUGUGCCUGGACAUACACAAGUUUCGUGUUGCACUGUGCGCUAGGAAACUUGGGGUAAGUGAAUGGUGCUGACUGUAUGUCAAAUAUCAGUACGCCAUUUUUACCACUUACAACUGACAAAAUAACAUUAGUGUGAGCAGUGAAGUGAGCCACAGCGAAAUGGCAACCAAAAUGCCACAAAUGCACUGGGGCCACAGCCCAGUGGUAGACUCGUAUAGGGCUUUUAAGGCACGCAUGGACCUAUAUUUUGAAGACUGCGAGAUCACUGAUGAAGGAAAAAAGCUACCAAGAUAAAGCUUGCCAUUGAAGAUGAAGGGAUGAGACGUGUCCUAGCAUCAGGGCUGUCGACAGAAGACCAAAAAGACCCAGAGAAAAUUUGGGACUUGCUAGAAUCGCAAGUGGAUGCCACGGUCAAGAUAAACUUCAGAGUACAUAGGCUAGAAUUUUUCAACAUGAGACAAAAACCAGACGAAGACAUUACUACAUACAUGUCCCGUCUGCGAGAAAAAGCCACGAAAUGUGAAUUCGUGGCAGAGGAGUUACAUGAAAGACUGAUAGAGAUGAUAAUUCUCUCCACACCUUUCGAUGACUUUCGCAAAGAGCUUUUGACUAAAGUAAAGGGACAUGAGAUACGGCAAGUAUUGGAGAGAGGAAGAGAUUAUGAAGCGAUUCAAGCGUCACAGGCAUCGCUCAGUGCCAUGAAGGGAAACGGCCCAAGGGUGGAUGAAGUCUCCGUACAGAAACAGAAGUGUCAUAAUUGUUGGCUGAAUCAUGCCCCCAGAUCAUGUCCUGCAUAUAGGGACAAAUGUCACACCUGUGGCAGGCUCGGGCAUUGGAAGAAACUAUGCAGAUCUGGGGGCAGCGGUCCAAAGAAAUUUCAGAGAAGCCACAAGUACGAGAGGAAUAACACGUCAGGUCAUGCGAGAGACACUAAGACAAGACACAGAUUCGACAGGAGGGGCCAACACGAGCUAUGUGUGAGUGACAAUGAAAGUACUAGUGACAGCGACACACAAGCAAAAAGCUUUUACUCACUACAAGUAAGUGACAUCGCACUACACAACAUAGAUAGGAGUGAGGCAUAUGCAUCGCUGAUCGUACAUCCCACCCACCCCAGGGUGGAAGGUCCAAUUCGACUAAAGGUUGAUACGGGUGCAGCCGGGAACACACUACCGUUGAGAACAUACAAACAGAUGUUUGGAGAUACUCCGCACAUGGACAUUCUCGAGCGGGAACGAGUGAGACUCACAUCAUACAGUGGUCACUCGAUAAAAUGCAUUGGGUCUCUAAAGCUUGGUCUCCAACGCAGGCACAAUAACGAGAUCCAGCAACACAAGUUCUAUGUGGUAGACGUACCAGGACCAGCUAUCAUGGCUUACAAGCAAGUCAAGACCUGA